CUCUCUCAACUCAGUCACAUGGAGGAAAGAGGGACACACGCGCAGAGAAAACUCUCCUCAUUAACUAAUGAGCAGGAUGUUAGCAACCGCCUACACACACACACACGCAUACACACACACACACACUGAUUAUCUCAUCCUGUAAUAGGGUGUCAUCGUCCUGCCGCGCUCUAAUCACACAGCUGUAUUCUCUCUCUCUUCAUUCAUGAGGUGAAACUAUUUUGGUGGCCGACUCAACUCUUGUGUUCAGGAUGGAGGCGGUGGCUCUUUUCUCUUUCGCAGCAUCAGAACCAGACGAGAUCAGUUUCCAGAAAGGGGACAUUAUCAAGGUGACAGAAAUGGAGGAUGAUUCUUGCUGGGUCACAGCAGAGAUCCAGGGGAAGCGUGGCUACGUGCCAGAGAACUACAUUUCACUCCUUCCUUAUCCGUGGUUUGCAGGACGGGUGUCAAGACUCGAGGCUGAAAAGCUCCUGCGCUGGCAGGACACCGGCGUGUUCCUGGUGAGGGAAAGUGAGUCAGCUCCUGGAGAGUUUUCUGUCUCUGUUAGCUACGGUGAGAGGGUGGAGCAUUUCCGAGUGCUAGAGGGGGGCGGUCAGUACUGCAUCUGGGAUGAGUCGUUUCGCUCCCUCAACCGGCUGGUGGAUUUCUAUAGAACUCACAGCAUAGCUGUGGAGAACGUGGUCUACCUCAAAGACCCCCCUUCGUCCCCUCGCCUGCUGUCCUACUCAGGACAUAACCCGUACCCCAACCCGUACAAAAGCAGCUCUCAGGAGUCCCUCCCCUCAGCCCGCCUCUACUCUCACCCCUCUCACCCAGAACGAGAGUCCUCGCGGCGUCCUCUGCCUGAUCCAGCUGUGGGGAAACCUCGCCUGGCUCACGCCCUCUGCAACUACACCCCUCCUCAGACCGCCCACCUCCACUUCCUGCGUGGUGACAUCAUCGACCUGCUGGACUGCUCAAGCUCUCUGACCUGGAGGGGCCGCUGUCGAGGGCGAGUUGGAAUCUUUCCGCCAGAAUACGUCCAGCCGCUGUACCACUGACACCAUAUCAAACUGUAUCGCUGACACUUAUCCGUGGAGCUGUCGUGACUCACCUCUCUUAUCCAAUGAUCCAACUGCUGAUGAAACAAUUAGACCAAUGAUCAAUAAGUCCAUCGACUAUUAACAAUUAUAUGACAAUAAACAGCUAAAUUAACUGCAACCCAGUCGCCAGAAUAAAAUAUUGGCAUUGUAUGUUUCUGCAAACCAUGGAUACAAUACGACUGUAACUUUCAUACAACAUCAUAUCAACAUUUCUAAAGUGAUGUAGUUCAGAUAACAUGUAUAUGAGCUGAGUUUCCAUCAGGGGAAAGAGGGGAUGGGAUAGUUUGACACCUAGGCAAGAUGGCUGCCAAGCAGCAGACCAACAGACAACAAGACUAUGUAUUUCUAAUGAGAUGUUGAGACACAUACAGUCAAGUUUGCAGUGACAAAAUCCAGUAUUCUAAUGAGACGUUGGGACAUUUUCAGCCAUCUGUGAGGACCAAACUGUAGCCUGGUGAGACCAUCCUGAUGACGUGAGCUCAACAUUCUGUUUCACCCUCUGUUUCAGUCUGGACUCCGGGCCGCCCUAAACACUUUCCAGAAGUUAAAAUCAAACUGGGGCCAAUCAGGCUCCACACUGUAGUUGACAACAUAAGCAGCCAAUCAGGGAUUGCGUUGUACUUGAUAUAAAAUGCAGGCCAUCGCUUGCUAAACAGUAAUGGCGGCUCCAGAUGCUACAAGCCUAACUCUAAUAUUAGUAGAGUAAACACAGCAAUAAGUGAUGUCAUUGCAGACAUAGAGUUGAUAACAACAAUUAAACAAGAACAAGAGUAUGCACUUGAAGUUUCCCUGAGGAAAAGACGUUUUUCUUUCCGUUCUUCUGACUGGACUCGUCAAAAACUUGAUUUAUCAACUGGCUCCACUGGUGAUGAAGAAGAUGCUCCCGGUGAUUUGUCAUGUUCAUCGGCUGAAGGCGUUUUCUGUCAAGACAAGUACUACUGCCACUGGAAGUGCCUGGGGCCACACUGAGUCCAGAGUCAUACAGAGAGCGAAACAAAAUGUUGAGCUCACGUCCAACACAUUCUCACUCUGACCUCGUCAUAUGUUGACGUUUUGGUCAUGAACUUUCCAUGUCCACAUACAACGUGCAAGGUGCCCUGGAUUCGUUGGUUGUUGACGUUUUCGGACACCUUGUUAAGUUCUCUUCUUUCCAAAUAUACUCCCAUUUUCAGUCUUUUUCAAAAUAAACGCACUACGUCAGCACAACACUGCAAAUUUAUGUUUUUUCUCUUCAU